AUGGCCCAGAUGCGUAGCAGGGUGGGCGACCCGGCGUUCAUCGCCGGCAGGAAGCUGGCCGGCUACGGCGAGCGGAAGGGGGCGCCGGAGGUCGUCGACGCGCUCGCCCAGAGGCUGAAUGCGAUCGACGUUGGCGGCGAGCCCGCGGCGGUGGACGACGUGGAGGCCACCCGGAGGAUCAAGCUCAGCUCGCUAAUAUUUUCUAACGAGUCGAGUCGAGCCGAGCCACUAACGAGCCGAGUCAAGCGAGCUACCGAGCCACGAGUUUUUCGUCCAGCCUUAGUCAAGACGCUGACGGGCAGGGAGAUCGACGUGGAGGUGGAGCCCACGGACCGCGUGGGCAGGAUCAAGGAGCGCGUCGAGGAGCAGGAGGGCAUCCCGCCCGAGCAGCAGCGGCUCAUCUUGGGCGGCAAGCAGCUCGCCGACGGCAAGACCGUGCGGGAGAGCAACGUCACGGCAGGCUCCGUCAUCCACCUCGUCCUCGCGCUAAGACUGACUCCAACAGCGGAGGUGCAUUUUGGAGGGGCAACCUCGGUUUGCCUCUCGUGA